CAUCGACAGAGUACCAGACACACCAUGCCACACGUAAAGAGCCUCAAAGUCACCUAUGAUCCUCCAAAUGAUUCAAACACCUUUACCAGCGGUGACUGCAUUUCAGGCAAGGUGACGCUGGAAGUGGAGAAACAGCAUGAAAUAGACUCCCUGAUGAUUAAAUUCAAAGGGAAAUCCAGAGUCUUGUGGACCGAGAGGUAUGGCCAAGUUGUUGUUUGUUACCACUCCAAGGACAAGUACUUCAGUAUUAAACAUUACUUCAUCCAGGACAAAAACCACAAAGAAGAGGACCACGACCAGACACAACUGACCAAUGAGAAUAAAGGAAACUACAGCAAUGAUCUUGCCCCAGGGCUCCACGUCUACCCAUUCACCUUUCAAUUCCCUCAGAAGGAAAUGCCCUCCUCCUUCAAAGGUUCUGUUGGUAAAAUCGUGUACUUGCUGGAAGCCAGGCUGGGUAGAUCAAUGAGGAUUGACAAGAAAGAUUCAACGAAGAUCAACUUUGUGUCAAACUCAGACAUGACCAGAGACCCUGCAGUAAUGACACCACAGCAUGAGACUAAGGACAAGAAAUUGAAACAUUUUGCCUCUGGAACAGUAGCCAUGGAUGUGAAUAUUGAAAAAACGGGUUACUUCCAAGGAGAGGGAAUAAAGGUUGUGGCCUGCAUUCAGAACAACUCGACACGUGAAAUCAAGCCCAAGUACUGCGUGUACACAAAGCAUAGCUUCUUCGCAGACGGGAGGAGAAGACUCUCUACUAAAGACCUCCUUAAAGAAGUGGGAGAGCCCAUCCCUCCAUCUACUAAUAAAAAUGUCCAGAGGGUCAUCACCAUCCCCCAUGAUAUGGAUCCCUCCAUCCUCAACUGCAGCAACAUCAAGGUGGAGUACAGGCUGAGGGUUUAUCUGGAUAUCAAAUUUGCUUCAGACCCGGAGAUCAAAUUUCCCAUCAUCAUCCUUCCAGCCUCUCAGGCUCCUGCUGUGGGACCACCACCUACUUUUGGCGGUUUUGGAUUUGAACCAUUUUGCAACUCCAACCCACCAGUCUGGGGUGUUGCACCACCACAACAACCAACAGCACCUCAACUGUUUGAUCCACCACCUUCCUAUGGUGCCUAUGCAAUGUACCCUCCCGUGACGGAUUACAAAAAAUGAACAUCAUUGAGAUGUUGAAGAUCCUACGACAUUUCAAGGAAAUGAAUUAAAGGUUUAGGAAUGAAAAUGACAUAUUGUAUCACCUUCAUUAAUGUGACAAUGUCUUAUAAAGUUGUUAACUCUAGCUAUGUGGUUUUAUUAUGACUCUGGGAACAUAAUUAAAGACAAGUAACAAACGCUAUCUCCCACAGUGAUAAACACUUUUGUAUGAUAUUAAAAGGAAUAUACUAUAUAGCAACAAAAUAUGCUGCAUUGUUUCUAAAAUAAGCUUUAUAGCAAAUAGCAGUAAGGAGAAGUUAAUUUAGAUACUUGCAGAAAUAAGAAAAAAAACACCUUAGGUUUCUUCUUUUAAUGAUUUUAAAGCAAAUCAUUAUUUUAUGCUGCAACCUUAUAUUUAAUGCUCUAUUCUAGUCUAGUUAGUAUUUAUUUUAUUUCUAUUUCUGUGAUUGAGUGUUUGAGGUUGUAGAUAUUGUAUUUGGAGCACCUUUGGUAGCUGAAUGGUUGAGGUACAUGCUACAGGCAGUGUCUCUGAUUCGAUUCUGGGCAUUCCCCUCACUCUCUCUCUCCAUGUUUCCUGUUGGUCUCUAUGCCACCUGCUAUUUAAUAAAGGCAAAAUAGCAAAAAAAAACAACAAGCAGAUGGCAUCAAUUUCAUAAUAAUCCAAUUGCAUAUCCUGGUCUACAUAUUUCUGUUUGUGUGAUAUUUUCUGUAUGAUAUAAUUUGAAAUAUAUGUAUUAAUAUACCAUUGUUGUAUUAGCA